AGUUUAUCAAGGCAAUCUCCAAAGACACAGAACCCACUGAAUUGAUUAAAAGUUUAAUCAAAUUGUUUUUUCAAGAUGAUGGAAUGUGUAUAUUUUAUUUGAUACCUGACAGAUCUCGAGAAAUUCUUCAUAUUGAAGAAAUCAGGAAAGAACUUAAACAAAGGCAAAAUGCUAUAGAAAAAAUUAAACAAAAUCUUAUUAAAUAUCGGGAUGCCCAAAAAGAAGGUCGAUCACUUCAUAUGGAUAACUUAAUUGAACUUUGUGAUAGUCUUUAUGAAAAUACGAUUGUCGGAAAAAAUAAGGAUAAUGUGCACUUACUUACUACCGCAAUUGUGUUCUCAUUUAUUCAUCUUACAAUUUUGAGAGAAAGGAAUAGGCAUUAUAAGGAUUAUAAGCAAUAUUUUAUAGAUAUGUAUGAAAAAUGGGAAGAUUGGCGUAAAAGUCUCAUUGUUUUUCGAGAUCUCGAAACAAACCCCGACCUUCCCUGUAUAGUAAAUGACACUUUUCAUAACUUGUCUAUGUACUUUCAAUAUCCGAAGACUUUCAUUUAUGAUGAUAAAUUGUUGGACAAACAUCGAGAAUUAUGUGUACAAGGUCAAAUGGCUUUUCUUAAUGAAGCAAAAGACGCGUUUAUGAAGAUAUAUGUAUAUACUUUUGAUUUGAAUAAAUUCUUGCCUG